AUGAGACUAGUGAGAGAGGGCGAACCGGCGAACGAGGGCAAAGGAGCAAUACGCGCCGCGAUACAGCUCGAUCGAGCAGAGUUGGGAAGAGUUGGGAAGGAUGCGCAAGCGGUGGGCAGAUAAUGAACCGCUCAAUCGAUGACUAGGUGCUGACUAAUCCACCUCCGGUAGUAGUUCCUAAUAAUGCCUUAUUUUAUGUAGAUGUAGAUAGAUGGUUUGGACUUUGAAAAGGCUUACGAUCGUCUUUCCCACACGUACCUUGAUGCAGUCCUCUGCGCCGUUGGCCUCGGCCCCAAAGCCCGCCAAUGGUACCGAGCGACCUACACCAACCAAUCCGCCUCGAUCUUCCUCAACGGUUGGCUCUCUGCCGCUUUCGACAUCCUGUCGGGCGUUCGGCAAGGUGAUCCCCUGGCUCCGUCUCUCUUCGUUCUGGCGAUCGAAGGUUUUGCCCGUCAGAUUCGAUUGAGAGUCAAGGGCAUCGAGAUUGCGGGCCUGCAAAACAUUCGAGAACUCCUCUUUGCCGACGACGCUUGCUGCGCACUCCACAACCUCUCGGACCUCGACCACCUCAAUCGGGCGAUCGAGCUUUACGAACGGGCAAUUGCCAGCAAGCUCAGCAACGCCAAAUCUUUCCUCUACCCCCUUGGAGCUUUUCGGGAUCGGCCGAUCGCCUCAGAUCUCGGGACCUGGCGUCUCAACGAUUCGCAGUUUCGCUAA